ACGGUGGAUGGAUUGGACGUUCUGCCUACAUGGCAUAGGCCCAGAAGCUCGAGCGUAACGAAAAUACCCCCCGAUAAAUUCCGCGUUCCAUCGAACUCCUCGCUUCUCAAUAUACCAAAAUGCCCUCACCUCAUCACCGUUUCCUCCCAGUGAUUAAAAACUCAAAAUCUCAAACCCCACCCCAUCUCACUACUUUCCAUUCUCCCCACCAUGGCCCUCAUCUCCUGCAAUUUCCCCUCCUUCCAUUUCCCACCUAAACCCCCAACAAUUCCCAGAAUCCCAUCCCUAUCCCCACCCAACACCCAACUUCCGAAACUACCCCUCAAACCCUGCAAGUUCACUCCUCAAUUCUCCUCAAUUUCUACCAGAUUUGCCCUUCAAAUCUGCCACAAUUCCUUAAACAGCCAGAAUCCAAAAGAUCCAAUUCCAGAAAAAGGAUUUCCAGCGGAAGGAAACACAACUGGCGAUGGAAAUGGCGGCAAUAGCAGCGACUGGACAACCUCGAUCCUGCUCUUUGCGUUGUGGGCCGCACUCAUCUACUACGUUUUCGCGCUCACGCCAGACCAGACUCCGUUUAGGGAUAUGUAUUUCUUGCAAAAGCUGCUGAAUUUGAGAGGAGACGAUGGGUUCCAUAUGAAUGAAGUGCUUGUCUCGCUGUGGUACAUCAUGGGUCUGUGGCCUUUGGUAUAUAGCAUGCUGCUUCUUCCCAGUGGCAGAAGCUCAAGGAGCAAAAUCCCCGUAUGGCCGUUUCUUGUCCUUUCAUGCUUCGGUGGUGCAUAUGCUCUCAUUCCAUAUUUCGUUCUUUGGAGGCCGCCGCCCCCCGCACUCGAUGAAGCUGAACUUGGGAGAUGGCCUUUGAACAUUCUUGAAUCAAAAAUAACUGCUGGGAUAUUGAUUGCUGCAGGUUUAGGCGUCAUUGGGUAUGCAGGUCUGGCUGAUGGCGAUGUGUGGAAGGAAUUCUACCAGUACUUCAGAGAAAGCAAGUUUAUUCAUAUCACAUCCAUUGAUUUCUCAUUGCUGUCAGUGUUCGCUCCAUUUUGGGUUUACAAUGAUAUGACUGCCCGGAAAUGGUUUGAUAAAGGUUCUUGGCUUCUCCCUCUGGCGUUGAUUCCAUUUUUGGGGCCUGCUUUGUAUCUUAUCUUGCGGCCUCCUCUUUCAGCGGGAGCUGAGAAUGUAGUGAAGGUUGAGGAAUGGAUAAAUCCUAAGUAGGCAACAGAAGCCAGAAGAACACAAACAUGCAUGAAGAUAUAUGUACAAAUGGAAGAUCAUGUGAUUUUAGCCACAGGUCGAUGGGCCGCAGAUGCCACACGGGUAUAUAAACACAUCCGACGCCUCUCCUUUUUCCCAAUUUAUGGCAGUUGAAAUGCCAGUAAGCAUGUCUAAAUGUUCCAAGGAAACCACAAAUUCUUGUCCGUGUGUGUUUUUUUUUUUUUGAAAUCCCAUCACAUGCUUAGAACCACACAAGGAAAAUAAAAAAAUUCACUUCAUUUUU